UGGGGAAUAAUUUGUAAACCCUACAACCGAAGUGUACAAUUUACAUUGGAGAGUUUUUACUUAGGCUGACCGGCUUCACAGUCGAUCUCUUUCCUUUUUCGCGCCAAACCCUCAGAGUGCGCACUGUGCUUAAAGCUCCGUUUUCACUUCAAUUCCAGUGUUUCUUCGAAGUCGCCAUGACGGACGGCCAUAUGUUCAACAGUAUCUCUCUCGGUGGCCGUGGAGGCACGAACCCUGGGCAACUUAAGGUUCAUGCAGGGGGUAUUCUGUGGAAGAAGGCUGGUGGUGGUAAGGCGGUGGAAGUGGACAAGUCUGAUAUCGCUGGGCUUACCUGGAUGAAGGUUCCUCGAUCUAAUCAGCUUGGUGUUCGGAUUAAGGAUGGUCUUUACUAUAAGUUUACUGGUUUUCGUGACCAGGAUGUUUCAAGUCUGACAGCUUUUUUCCAGAACUCUUAUGGAAUAACCCCAGAGGAGAAGCAACUCUCUGUGAGUGGAAAAAACUGGGGAGAAGUUGAUCUAACUGGGAAUAUGCUUACUUUUCUUGUUGGUUCUAAGCAAGCAUUUGAGAUAUCACUAGCUGAUGUCUCACAAACACAGCUUCAGGGGAAAAAUGAUGUCAUGUUGGAGUUUCAUGUAGAUGAUACAACUGGAGCAAAUGAGAAAGAUUCAUUGAUGGAAAUAAGCUUUCAUAUACCUAAUUCAAAUACUCAGUUUGUUGGUGAUGAAAACCACCCUCCUGCUCAGGUCUUCCGUGAUAGAAUUGUGGCUAUGGCUGAUGUUACGGAUGGGGAAGAAGCUGUUGUUACAUUUGAUGGGAUUGCUAUACUCACUCCUAGGGGUCGAUACAAUGUUGAGCUUCACCUUUCAUUCCUGCGUCUUCAAGGGCAAGCUAAUGACUUUAAAAUUCAGUACAGCAGUGUUGUCCGCAUAUUUUUAUUGCCCAAGGUUAGUCAACCGCACACUUUUGUGGUUGUUACUCUCGAUCCACCAAUUAGAAAGGGCCAAACCCUGUACCCACAUAUUGUUUUGCAGUUUGAAUCAGAUUAUGUGGUAGACACUGCUCUGACAAUGAAUGAAGAUCUUUUGAAUAGCAAAUACAAGGACAAGCUAGAGCUAACAUAUAAGGGACUUGUACAUGAUGUCUUUACUAAAAUAUUACGUGGCCUGUCUGGUGCUAAAAUCACGGGACAUGGGAAGUUCCGUAGUUAUCAGAAGUAUUUAGCUGUGAAGUCUUCUUUGAAAGCUGAAGAUGGACUCCUCUAUCCACUUGAAAAGGGGUUCUUCUUUCUACCUAAACCUCCUACCCUUAUUCUUUAUGAUGAGAUUGACUAUGUGGAAUUUGAGAGGCAUGCUGCUGGUACAGCAAAUAUGCAUUACUUUGAUCUUCUUGUCAGACUUAAGACUGAACAAGAACAUCUUUUCCGGAAUAUCCAGAGAAAUGAAUACCAUAAUCUUUUUGAUUUCAUCAGUUCAAAGGGUCUUAAAAUAAUGAACCUUGGAGAUGUCCGGCCAGCAGAUGGUGUUACAGCUGUUUUGCAGGAAGAUGAUGAUGAUGCUGUUGAUCCACAUCUUGAACGAAUUAAGAAUGAAGCUGGAGAAGAUGAUAGUGAUGAGGAGGAUGAAGAUUUUGUUGCCGACAAGGAUGAUGAGGGCUCUCCUAGUGAUGAUUCUGGGGAAGAAGGAUCUGAUGCCAGUGACAGUGGUGGUGAGAAAGAGAAACCUGCAAAAAAGAAGGCCAAGAAAGAUCUGCCAACUUCUAAACCAUCUACAAGCAGGAAAAAAGCUGACGAUGACAUGUCAAAGAAGAAGAAACAGAAGAAGAAGAAGGACCCAAAUGCUCCAAAGAGGGCAAUUAGUGCUUUCAUGUUCUUUUCAAAUAAUGAAAGAGAGAACGUGAAGAAAACAAAUCCUGGAAUCGCAUUCACAGAGGUCGGAAAGGUUCUUGGAGAUAAAUGGAAUAAGAUGUCAGCCGAGGAGAAACAGCCAUACGAGGCAAUGGCUCGGGCCGAUAAGAAACGCUACAGUGAUGAGAUCAGUGACUACAAGAAUGCACAACCCACAAACGUGGAUUCGGGGAAUGAUUCAGAGAGCUCUUAAGGGUCCAGUAGUUGUCAAAACUGAAGAUGCAAAUGUUUCUAGUGUUGUUGCUGUGGGAAGAAAAUUGGAUUACCUAUAUGUUGUGUUAUAUGUGAUGUAUUUCAUUGGACAAGUUGAACGCUGGUGAUGUAGUGUAGUUUAAUGUAAGACAAGCCUCUAUGGCUACGAAAAUAUGUAUUUGUCUGAUUAAACGUUCUAGGCUUACCAAUUUAGAAGUUGGUUUUUUACGGUGUGCUCACAGUAAAUUUAUUAGUUAUUACCAAGUG